GUUUGUUUAGAUGCCUCGUAAUGAAGCUAGAGGGCGCACUCGCUGUGCUGGCCCUGAUAUGUACGUUUGGCUAAGUUAACAAGCUAUCAUUGGCAGGACUUAGUACUUGUUUGUUUACAAUUUUCCCAGGAUGUAUACUUUAUUAGCUGGUUUGUAUAAGUACAUGUUCCAAAAGGACGAAUACUGCGUUUUGAUUCUUGGACUUGACAACGCAGGGAAAUCUACCUUUUUGGAACAAACCAAAACAAAGUUAUGUAAGAACUACAAAGGACUGAAUUUAUCAAAGAUCACAACUACAGUUGGUCUUAAUAUUGGUACAGUUGACCUGGGCAAGGCUCGUCUUAUGUUCUGGGAUCUGGGAGGUCAGGAUGAGCUUCAGUCUCUGUGGGACAAGUACUAUGCUGAGUCACAUGGAAUCAUCUAUGUGAUAGACUCAACUGAUGAACAGCGCCUGACAGAAUCAAAGGAGGCCUUUGAGAAAAUGAUCAACAGUGAGGUAUUAGAUGGUGUUCCUCUCCUUGUGCUGGCUAACAAGCAGGAUGUUCCGAACUGUUUGUCUGUACCGGACAUUAAAAUUGCCUUCAGUGACUGUGCUCUGAAAAUUGGCAAGACAGACUGUUUAGUCCAGGCUUGUACUGCGCUCACAGGGGACGGAGUGAACGAGGGCAUAGAAUGGAUGGUGAAAUGUGUGGUCAGGAACAUUCACAAACCUCCCAGGCAGAAGGACAUAACAUAAUAAGUCAUCAGAACUCUUUACCCUCAUUUGGAAGUGAGGGUUUCUCCUUGAGGACAUUCCAUUAAAACCCUUGAGCUGAUGAAAACUCCAAAAAAAGAGCUCAGGUGUGGAAGGAAGAGAGCACAAAGGAGUGGAGACACACACGAAGCGGCCGGCAUGAGACGUGGCAGAAACUAAGUUGGGAAGGAUUCACGUGAGGAGCAAGUUUAUGGAGCCUGCGUUUACCUUUUGAUGAACUUCUAUGUUUUGCAUCCUGAAAGACUUUUUGUUAACUAAAUAAAUCGGACCCUUCGUUUAAAAGUA